CUGUACACCACUAACCACCAGCCAGGUUGUGGAAAUCUCAAGAGAGAAGAGUUAAUAACUAAUUCUAUGGCCUACUAAUAUAUAAUAAAACAUCUUUGUAUAUACAUAAAGACAUUAUACUGUUGUUUUGAUGAAUACUCUGGUUUAAAAUUUUGGUAGUAUCUUCACUGAAUGCAUUUGUGCUUUUUUUAUUUGAAUAUAUCUGUAAACGUUGGAACAUAAAUAUUGAGAAGUGGAUUACAACAUGUCCUCGAUAAACGGUCAUCAGGUUGAGUUUUCCCAAACAAAGUUUAAUGAAGCUUUACAAUUCCUAGUUGACCUUAAAGAUCAGGAAGGGAACCCUUUCGAUGAUGUUUUUGAUGAAUUACCUUCUAAGAAAUAUUUUCCGGAUUACUAUCAGGUUAUUACUGAUCCUAUUGCUUAUAAAACAAUGCGAAACAAAGCCCGUCAUAAUCAGUAUUCCUCCAUGGGUGAAUUCUAUGAUGAUUUACGACUCAUGGUAAACAAUGCUAAAACGUACAAUCUACCAGGAAGCUUUGUCUAUGAGUGUGCCUUGCUGGUCGAAAAAGCCGUCAAUGAUUUAGAGGCUAAACACUUUGCUCAGCCCGGUGCUUCCACAGACACAAAAGUACCCAUUUCUACCGAAGAACAGACUUCUGGCAAGGACUAUGAAGUUCACUCUGUCAUUACUAAUGUCCUUGAUGCUUUGAAAAAUGCAAAAGACUCUACCGGUAGAUAUUUAGCUGAUAUGUUUAUUGAUUUACCGAGCAAACGUCUUUAUCCAGAUUAUUACGAAAUUAUCAAGACGCCAAUGACGAUAAAAAUGAUGGAGAAACGCCUGAAAAAGAACGAAUACAACUCAGUAAAGGACUUUGAAAGCGAUCUAGAGCAAAUGUAUGCAAAUGCACAAACAUACAACGAAGCUGGUAGUUUCGUUUAUGAGGAUUCGGUUGCUCUUUCGAAAAUAUCUGCACCCAUAUUGACAUCCACGUACAAAACUUCUCUGGAAUCCCCUAAAGAUGUCGAGAAUAUCAAAGAUGAAUCUCCAACCCAAAGAAUGCCUUCCGCUGCUCCUUCUUUCGAACCACAGACUCGAGAACCAUCUGUUGUAAGUGAUCCCUUACUUCAUGAAAAAUUACCUGCAGAAGCGGAAGAAAAAGAGAAACUUACUGAGGAUUUUACACCUCAAAUGUCAGAUGUUGUUGAACAGCAACCUCCAAAGCCUAGUCCUAUUGACCAGAUUUGUCAAAAUAACUAUAGUGCCUUUGCCCUCAUGAAAUCUUUCCCUACAAAGCCAGUACCAGAUCUCUUAAAUUCUACUCAUAAGUCGGUAUUGGGUAGAACUGACUUCGUGUUUCCUAAUUUUCCUCAAACAAAAGUGAUUGAAAAUACAGGCGAUACAGAACGUUUAUUUUAUUCUUUUUUUCUAUUUUCUCCUUCUCAUGCAUCGUUACCUAAUCCACUCUGCAUGCAUGUUCCUUGUCCGUCCUCUAAUGCAUCAGAAAUUUCUGUAAUUAAUUUGGCACAGCAACAUGCCAUUCUAAAUGUAAUUACAAAUAUUAAUCCCAUAUUGUCGAUCAGAAAUUACAAUAUAUCCGUACUACAUAAUGGAAAACUGAUUGGACCACCGGUAGCCGCUUCUCCUCAGUUGUUACAGUUAGCCGGACCAACUUAUUACAACAUUGAUUCUAUAAAUUCUGCUUUCGAUAUCAGAUUAGGACCUGGUAUGAACAGCUUGGAGUUCAUACUGACAACCAGUGAACCUACCAAUGUCCCACCUACCUCUGAAGAUAUAACACAACCUGGUUUCACAGUAAUUGAGAAAGAACGUUUUGUACUUUUGCUGUACUUGCGCUGUUAAGCAUGCUAAAUAGUCAUCUCAUUUUAGAAGUCUUAUCUAUAAAAACUAAUAUAUACAUUUCCUUUGUUCCA